CAGCUGCUCAUUGCUGCUUCUUCCUCUUCGUCCUACUCCUAGCAAACAAAGCCUCCCCAGUCCCAACUUCUCGGGGCUCUCGUCACUCUCCGAUCAGUGAGGCGGCUGUCCUCCGAUAUCCAUAGAAGAUGCGGCACCAGAUCUUCAGAAUCGCCGCCUCGCAGAAACGCAGCAGAGACUACGUCCUGCGGCCGUUCUUCGCCAAUGUCUCGCGAUCAUUCUCGCAAGGCAGCUCGCAACCUGAACGGCCUUCGUUUGGAGUCGCAUUCGAUAUCGACGGCGUGAUCCUUCUCGGCCACACUCCCGUUGGUGGCUCUCCACAAGCGCUCAGGCGACUGUACGAUGAUUUAGGAACUUUGAAGAUUCCGUAUGUGUUCCUGACAAAUGGAGGUGGAUUUCGUGAAUCCAAGAGAGCCCUCGAAUUAAGUGAACUGUUGGGCAUUGACAUUUUACCAUCACAGGUUAUACAGGGUCACUCGCCUUUUAAACAGCUGGUAAACAGAUUUGAGAAUGAACUGAUAAUUGCUGUGGGUAAAGGAGAGCCUGCAGCUGUAAUGUCUGAAUAUGGGUUCAGGAAUGUACUUUCUAUUGAAGAGUACACGUCCUACUUCGAUGGCAUUGAUCCAUUGGCACCUUAUAAAAAAUGGACAGCCAGGGAAACUCACGAUCACAGCAAGUUCAAGAGAGGUGACAUAGUAUCGAAGAGAGUGCAGGCAGCAUUUGUUGUUAGCGACUCAGUUGACUGGAGUAGAGACAUCCAGGUUCUCUGUGACAUACUGAGGACGGGUGGUCUUCCCGGAAGGGAGAUUGGAAAGCAGCCUUAUCUUUAUUUUGCAAAUGAUGACCUUGAAUAUCAGGCAAACUUUCCUUCUGAACGUCUUGGCAUGGGCGCUUUCAGAAUUGCACUGGAAGCCAUCUACAACAGGGUUCAUCCUGAGCCGUUGAUGUACACGUCAUAUGGGAAACCAAACCCAUCUGUGUUCAGGAAUGCCGAGAACAUAUUGGGAAGUCUAGUGAUUCCUGAUAAAAGCAGCUCUCACAUUCAGCCUCGCUUUAGAAUGCUCUAUAUGGUUGGGGACAACCCCAAAGUGGACAUCAGAGGUGCCCGACAGGCAGGAGUACCCUGGUUUUCCAUUUUAACAAGGACUGGGGUCUUUAAGGGGAAAGAAAAUCAUGAAGAGUUCCCGGCUGAUCUGGUUGUGGAUACCGUAGAGGAGGCCGUGGAUUACAUCCUCAGAAGAGAGUGCACGUCUUGAACUCCUCCAGGAAGUUUGCCCAAACAGCUUGCAAAGCUUAUUGUUUGUUCUUUCUAAAUUCGCUCUCAGAGAUAUCGACGGCGAAAAACAUAACUAUUAUUAGGCCUAUUUCUUAGGCAGGGGAGAAAUUCAACAAAAGAUCAAAUGAGAUCAAUUCUUGGCAUACCACUCUAAGGGUAUGUUUGGAUCGAUGUAAUGGAAUUGAUAUAGAAUAAAAUAUACAUGAAUUAGAAUAAACAGGGAAUAUAAUAGAAAUUUUGAUGAACUUUUAUUUA